CUAAUAAUGACCUAAUAAAACGUGUAAUCACUUCUCACUAUAAACAGACUAUUAACUAUUAACUUAUUUAAUUCAUAAUUUGCUGCUUAUCAACUGUUAGUUAAGUUUAACUAUGUUACGUUUAGGCAUAGGUUUGUAUUAAGGGAUCUAAAAUAUAAUGCAAAACGUCAGAAUAGUUUGCUUUGUAAGUAUUAAUAAAGAGCCAAUAUGCAUGCUAAUGAGCUAAUAGUGAAAGUGAAAAUAGUUCCCUAAGUUCAUGCACUCUCUAGUGUUGUAGUGUGUGGAGUAUAGGAGCCUACUGAAAGCUCAGAUGUUUCUCUCGUCUACGCUUUCACAGUAUUUACGGGAAAGGCAAGAUUCAGGAAGUAGAGAAACCAACUCAAGGCUCUUCUGCUUUCAAACUCCAUCCUAAAACAUGCAUUGACUGAUUUAAUGAAAGAAAACAGUAGCUGUGUGUAGAUCGCAGGAGUGAUCUCUUCUAAGACGGAGGACAGUCUUCUGGAGAGUGUUUUUUCAGAUCAAAUCUGACAGGGUUUGUAUGUGAGUAAUCGAGGGCCCGUCAUGAGCCGUCCUCCCUCCAUGCCGCCGCAGAUGUGUGGCCCCUGGGAACUGAAGGAGCGGCUGGGAACCGGAGGCUUCGGGAACGUCACUCUCUGGCAAAAUAAGGAGAGCAGUGUUCAGAUCGCUAUCAAACAGUGCCGGCAGGAGCUCAGCGACAAGAAUAAAGGCAGAUGGAGUUUAGAAAUUCAGAUCAUGAAGAGGUUGAAUCACAUGAAUGUGGUGGCAGCGAGAGACGUUCCAGAAGAGCUCCAGAAACUGGCCAUAAAUGACCUUCCAUUGCUGGCCAUGGAGUACUGCCAGGGAGGAGACCUACGCAAGUAUCUGAACCUGCAUGAGAACUGCUGUGGCAUGAGAGAAACUGCUGUGCUGACACUGAUUCAAAAUAUAUCCUCAGCGCUGACGUACCUCCACGGGAUGAGGAUUAUUCACAGAGACCUCAAACCAGAAAACAUCGUCCUUCAACAGGGAGAAAAACAACUGGUUCAUAAGAUCAUAGACCUGGGUUACGCUAAAGAGCUGGACCAGAGCAGCCUGUGCACAUCGUUUGUUGGGACGCUGCAGUAUUUGGCCCCUGAGCUGUUAGAGCAGCAGAAGUAUACAGUGGCGGUGGAUUACUGGAGUUUUGGGACACUGGUGUUUGAGUGCGUCACAGGAUUCAGGCCUUUUCUACCAAACUGGCAACCCGUGUCAUGGCACAGCAAGCUGCAGCAGAAAAGACUGGAUGAUAUUGUGGUUUAUGAGGACCUGACGGGAGAAGUUCGAUUCUCCAAACACCUCCCGAACCCUCACAACCUCAACAAACUGUUAGCGAGUGAACUGGAGAGCUGGUUACAAAUGAUGCUGAGAUGGUCACCUAAAGAGCGAGGCAAAUGUUUAAUACAGCGGAGCAAAGACAGUCAGGAUGGGGUCAAAGACUCAGAAGAGGACAAUAAAGAAAACAGUUCAGAGGCUGGUAAAGACUCUCCGAAAGCUUCCUGUUUCUGCUUCGAUGAAUUAAGCCGGAUUCUGAAUCUAAAGCUGGUCCAUGUGCUCAACAUGACCUCUGCUGAGAUAUUUAGCUACUCGGUGCAGCCGCAGGAGAACGUGGCAUCCCUGCAGGAGCGAAUCACACAGGACACUCACAUUCUUCCGGCCAAUCAGGAGCUGCUGCUGGAGGCGGGGCUUGCGCUUGAGCCGCACAACAGCGCCACGCAGUGUGCAAUCGAUUAUAGCAUGAUGGACACUCGGCGGGCCGAUGAGCCGCUGGUUUUCCUGUUUGACCGUUCGUGUUACAGCUACGAGCCUCAGUUUACGCCGCGCGUCCUGCCUGAGAACAUCCGAUUCGUCCGUGAGUUACUAUUUUAUUGCAAGAUGUUAUAUAAGGUGAAGGCCAUGGAGCUCUUCCGGAAACUGAGAGAGAAACCCAGAGAGCAGCGCAGUACGGGCGACUGUCAGGAAGUGAUCAAACUGGUGGUCCAGGCUGUGCAGUUCUACGAGAGGAAGUUACGGGAUUUCUACACACACCUCAGUAAGACGAUGGUGUGUCGUCAGAGGGUUCUGGAGCUGCUGCCGCGUGUGGAGGGGACGGUGAGUGCGAUGGCUCGCAGUGAGAAACAGCUUCAGCAUCUGCAGGGGAAGAGACAGAAGGAGCUGUGGAACCUGCUCAAAGUGGCCUGUAGUAAGGUUCGUAGUCCAGUGAGCGGCAGUCCAGACGGAGGACGGACUCCACCGGCCCCUGCACACCCGCUGAUGUCCCACAGAGCGUCUGAUGUACUGCAGGCAGACAAGUCUCUGCUUGUGAUUGAGGAGAGCAGGAUGUUUGAGAGCCGCCUGCAGAGUUUAGUGCAGGACACCAUUCAGGAAACAGAGAGCAGCAUGCAGAUACUGAGAGAGUGGAAGUGGUUGAACGGAGGGCAGGAUUUGGCUUGAUGUCACAGGUCACCAAACAUGAUGCUGUACUGCCACCAACUGGAGGAAACACGUUACUGCAGGAAAUCAUUUCUUACCUUCAACCCUUAAAUAUGGUUUUUAAUCAUUUACGUUGACAAUUUUCCAGCCUUUAUGAUGUUUUCUAUGCAAAUGCCACAAAUAAUUGUAUAUAAAUAUUGUUGGAUCCAUGACAAA